UGCUGCGAAGGAAAAGCGCAGACACUACAAGAAACUUGUGCUCAGUUUCCUCCGAGCAAAUGGCGAGGAGGAUGCCCACGCAAGGGGCGAGCUGGUAGGCGCCUUGGCAGAGGAAAACUCUCUGUCGAAAGACGAAAGAAACUCGCUUGACCAGCUUAUCUCACGCUUGAUCGAACGAGCAGUUAUAAACCUGGAUAUGAUCGAUGGCUGCGAGUACCUGCGCUUAGAGGACGCCGAUCGAACCAUUUCGGAACCUAAGAGGAAGAAGCGGAGAACUGCAAAAGGGAAAACCCGUAGAUACAAGAUGCAGCCGAGAGGCAAACACCACUCUACAGCUGGGUCAACCACGACAGAAACCAGUAGUGCACUUGUUUAUAGCAGUGACUCUGACGAAGAUGCCGAUUAGACAAGACCCCCAGUGAGUGAUGCCCGACAC